AUGACCGACUACAGCAAACUAAAGGUCGCCGACCUCAAAGCUGAGCUCAAAAAACGCGGCCUGCCGCAAACAGGACUCAAAAAUGCCCUCAUUGACCGACUGAUUGCUGCUGAGGCUGCGGAAGAUGGCUCUGAAAGUGAGGCCACAGUACAGGCUCUGGAUACACACUCUGCUGCUGCAACUUCCCCGGAUACGGUAUCUCCAGUCGUCCCGACGUCAUCUGCUGAUGCUCUUCCUGAAGCAUCUCUCCCAUCGGCCUCAGACACUGUAGAGACGCCAGCAGAGAGCGCAAACACAGAACAGAUCACCCAAGAGCCCCCAACGACAGAAACGCAACCGGAUCUGCCUGCUUCGCAGCCAACCACCACGAUUGAGUCGUCGCAGCCACCCGAAACCAAGGACAGCCAUCAGUCUGCUCUGCCUUCCGUUGAGCCUGGCGAAGCAAACGAAGACCGCCAGAAGCGCAAACGAAGGUCUCAAAGCCCCAUUCCUUCAGCAGCGGAUUCUGCAAGAAAGCGAUUCCGACCCAAUGAGGACGAUGCGAAUGAUGCCGCGACAAUACAUAGCGAUGGCGGAUUGGUUGAACAGCAUGGUGUAGAUGCUGCGGAGAUGGAUGCUGCAGCGGUAGAGAAUGCCGGCGUAGGAGAACGUUGCAAUGACACAGUAGCGGAUACCAAGAUGAAUGAUGUUCGCGGUGAAGGUGAAGGUCAAACAGUCAGUGAAUAUCAUGAUCAGAAGGCAGACGAGGACAUACGAGAAGCUGGAGGCGAAGCAGAGCAAACAGAAGUGGAAGGCACAUCCCACGAGACCUCAACCUCACGACCAGACUCCAGAUUCAAAAAACUCUUCCCCGAAACCUCAGCACAAACAUCAACAGCAGCCAUGGGCGACAUCCGCGAAUCCGAAGAGUUCGAGCCAGAGCGCAAUAUCUCUCCAGCUAUCCACCCAGCUACGCCCGCGCUCUACAUUCGCGAUUUCAUGCGACCUCUCAAUCCUGCACAACUGCAAGCACAUCUCGCACACCUCGCAGCGCCCCCAGGUCACGAUGACGAUCCUGAUGUGAUCCUCAAAUUCUUCAUCGAUCCCAUUCGCACCCAUGCGUUUGUCUCUUUCACCAAAGUCUCCGCCGCAGCCCGAGUCCGCUCUGCCCUCCACGACCGCAUCUGGCCCGAUGAGAAGACGCGCAAGCCGCUUUGGGUGGAUUUCGUGCCAGCAGAGAAGGUAGAGGAGUGGAUUGAGCUAGAGCAGGAUAAUAAGACCGGUGGACGCAGUGGCAAGAAAUGGGAGGUCAGCUACAACAUCGAUGAAGACCGACAUGUCACUGCUUCUUUGCACGAAGCUGGUGCUAUCCUUGGAUCAAGCCAAUCGAUCCGCGCUCCAUCUAUCACGUCGUCCUCGCCUCAAAAUGCACAGUCGACCCGCAACAUGAACAUCCCAACCGGACCUCACCUGAUUCGCGGCCAAGCUGCGGUGGUUACAGCCAAUACAGAACGAUUGAGUGCACUCUUCAACUGUACGACCGCUAAGCCAGCCUUGUACUGGCAACCUGUAUCAAAGGAGCGAGUUGACAGGAGACUUGAUCGUAUCGAUGGAGCUUUGUCAAAGGACGCCAUUGCAGGUCGUACGAUCCAAGGAGACAUCCAUCGCUAUACUUUCGAGGAGGGCGAUAUCCUCGUUGACCGUGGACCAGAGAUCUUCCCAGGCAUUCGGCCCCCACCAGGAUUCCGAGGACCAAGCGGAUUCCCUCCUCGUGGCGGCGGAUUUGGGUCCAGAGGAGGUUAUGGAGGUCAGUCGUAUCGUGGUGGUGGCCAGGGGCUUUCUUCCGGACGAGGAUACGAUUCUUACAGAGGAGGCCCAUCAGGUGGCAGAGAUGGUGGAAGUCGAGCAGGAGGAAGAGAUCGAGAUUACGAUCGCGAUGACAGGAGAGACCGGAGAUCGUCACGGGACUACGGCAGUUCCAGGCGUUAUUGA